AUGGAUCACUUGAUCUGCUUCCUUCCUGGGGCCUUAGCGCUUGACGUCUUUCAUCACGCAGUCCGCCGACUCAACGGUACAGCGGUGCAACCGCAUCACCUGGACAGGGACCGUGCAAUGGAGCUUACAUUGGCCCACAAGCUGAUGCAGUCGUGCGUGCAGAUGUACUUUCGCACCGUGACGGAUUUGGCUCCUGAGAUCACUCGAUUUAAUGGCCACGGCCUGGAGGAUGACCACGGCUCCAUGCACAACAUCCUGAGACCAGAGACUGUCGAGAGCCUUUUCGUCCUGUGGCGGACGACGAAGCUCCAGGUUUAUCGAAAUUGGGGGCAGAGGCUUCUUUCUGCUUUCUAUCGCCUCAAGACGAGCUACGGCUUCGCAAGUUUGCACAACGUCAACCAGCCAUCAUCCAAGCGGGAUGACAUGCCUUCCUUCUUCUUAGCCGAAACGCUGAAGUACCUGUUCCUGCUCUUCUCCCCAGAUUCCGUCCUCCCUUUGGAUCGCUUCGUUCUCAGCACGGAGGCUCAUCCGGUGCCAAUGAUGCGUGCCAUGUCCUCGCUGGGAGUGGAGUGGCCCUGCCAAGCGGGCCUCCGGACCCAGGCGGCCCAGGCCCCGCAGCUCCUCGGCCUUUGGAUCACAGCUUUCCUAGCCCUCCCCGGGGCUCAGAGCUUCUAA